UUGAGUUUUGCAUGUCAUUUGAAUGAAACAUAGACCCCUGUCGGCAUGUUGUUGUGUCGAGCCUCAAGGAAAUAAAGAAAACCACAGCUCAUAUUCACAGUCCCCUCCUAAUCCUACAUAUCUAAUUUAAGUUCCCCAACUCUUCUCUUGUCUCUCUGUAUACUACUUUUAAUUCGAACAUGUCUUCAAGUUCAGGAUCAUCCCAACUCCGGAACCUUUUUUACAGCAUUGAAGAUGAAUUGCUGUCCGGAGAAAUGUUUUACGAGCUCCCACCGGAGUCGUUUUGGGUGCCGAAUGGCCAGGAAAAAGAUUGGGUUGAUCACCACGCAGUAAUGCAACGCAAGAGCUCGAUGAAGCUUAGUUCUGUCGGGCCCUCAAACCACCAUUCCCAAUCAUUUUCUCGCCGGUUUUCUCCAUCUGUUAAUCAGAAAAGUAUAGCUUCACUGAUUGGCUUUCCAAUGACUCCAAAAUCAGGCUCAGCCGACAGGAAUAUCCGGCAAAACAAGGCCGGAAAUGCUCGCCUGUUCAGAAGCUUGUCUGAACCGGGAGGAAAGGCGUCCGUAGCGGCACCUGAACCGGGUUCUCCUAAAGUUUCUUGCACAGGGAGGGUUGAGAAGGAGAAAGGAAGGGCCAAGAAAGCCUGGUUUUGGAGCAGUUUCAAGACCAUUUUGAGAAGCGGAUUCGGAGCCAGCCUGUUGGCUAGUAAAGGCAAAGGGGUGUCUCCUUGAGUCGGACACACACAGUAGCGGCCGGUUGGUGGGUUCUGACUUCUGAACUGAAAGCGGCUCAAGUCCGGUAGCCGGACGGAGCAAGAUGCUGCGCGGCAAGAAUUCUGGUUUUGAAGUGAUCUCACACGUGGCUGCCUCUCAUUGGCUGUUCAGCGUGAGGACCCAUGCUUGGUAGUUGAUUGAUUGGGGCCGCGAGUGGCGGGAGAGUGAGGGGUCCAACCUCAAAUCAUUUGCAUUUUGCAGUAGUAAACAGCACAUCAACAAUUUCUCCUUAGCUUUUAUUCCUAUUAAUGGAUCACUUUCAAUGUAUGAAUCAUGAUAUUAUUA